AUGGACUCUACUGCAGCAAUCGACAUUGCUUUGAAAUGCUUGGAUGAUGACCAUAGACAUGGUAUCCUCGCGAGACAGAUCCAGGUCCUCCUCAAUAGAGAUUGGGAGGUUAGAAUUAGACAUGUGUAUAGGGAAGCUAAUUUUGCGGCUGACUUCCUUGCUAAUAGGGGUCACCUUGUUGAUUUUGGCACACAUCGAUUCAAUGUGUGA